AUGCCCAAAUCCCUCUUCCGUUUGCGCUCCAACGGCUGCGAGCUAAUAUCGCAGCCCGGGGAAGCAAGGGGAGGCAAGAUGGAGACCUCGUCCAACGGGACGAUGUCUUACUGUGACCAGCUGAGUGCCGUCGUCGCUCGCUAUCUCGAGCAGUCCGGCCAGACACACCCCUGCCUCGACGCUCCCAUCGCCGUAAGGCGCCAGUGGGAGGCGGAGACCGCCAAGUAGGACACGCACGCACACAGAUACAGAUCUCAGUCACCUACAAACAGGGCACGCUGAUGGGAUGGAUGGGAUGCUAUGCUUCCAUCCUUGUGUUUCUCCCAUCCGUCAGGCGCAUCCUGCAUGCUAAUAAGCAGCGGGCCCUCCUGCUGCGGGAGGUGUGCCAUCUCAAGGGCCAUCCCCUGCCCCCCUCCUCGGCCGGCAACAUGGUGGCGUGGGAGAGUGAGGAUAACCCCGAGCAUGCGGCCAUGGUGGCAGAGGCCAAGAGGGAGGCGGCGAGGCUGGUAGGAGUGGAGCAGGGUGCAGCCGAGGGAGAGGGAGAGGGAGGGGGAGAGGCUGACAUGGACACGGUGGUGGAGCCCGAGAAAGAAGGUACACGCAGACAGACAGACAGACAGGCAGGGGUCCUCUGAUGGAUCGGUUGACGGAUGGCUGGCUGGGCAUCUGGUGCUGCUUCCUUCCUUGCAUUUCUGCCUGUAGCUCAUCAUCCCAUUGAGGAAGCCGCUCCAGCGGCUGCAGAGGUCGUGGGCGAGGAGAUGACUGAGUUGGGUAUCAAGCAGACCAGAGAGGAGCCCAUCCAUGAAGCCGCCAAGGACACCACUGAGUCACAGGAAGGUAAGUACGCACGCAGAGGCAAGACCCCCUCCGACAUACACAAGAAGACACCCUGCUGUUCCUUGGCCCAUCAGAUGUGGCCACGCGCACCAACCUGGUGCACUUCCUGGACGACUGGGGCACGGGCAACGGGUGGGACGUCAUCACCAAGCUGCUGAGCAAGGAGGAGGCCGCCGACCCCGACUGGAAGUUCCACCUCCCCAUCGUCCGACUGCAGGCACUCAUACAGCAGCUCUCAGAAGAGCCCACACGUAAGCCCACACGUCCACUCAUCCACACAGUCACACACACACACCCGUUUGUGAAUCAUCUGUGCCUGCAGCGUCUGUCGCGCAGCCACCGACCACGCCGUCGACCUCGCGCACCCACCACCCGUCGCCCACCCCCACCCCGGCCACCCACGGCCAGCAGCCAAACCCUCCUGCUGCAGGUGCUGGCGGUGGGGUGCCGGCGUCGGUGCACAUCCAGGUGCGUGACCGGAAGGGCACCCUGGGGUACAGCAGGAGCCCUGAGGUCAUGGAGAAACUCAUGCCCCCCUCCGUCAUCAAAGAAAUUCAGAAACGUACGACACAACGAAUGGGUUGACUGACGGAAUGGCGCCGGGAGAGGGAGGGUGGAUGGGAUGCGGUGGAUGCGGUGGAUGCGGUGUGUGUGUGUGUCUGUGUUGUGUAGACGACGUGUAUGUGGACGACUGGGAGACCCGGCUGUCGCUGAAGGCCGACCCGGACUCGGUCCCCUUCCUGGAGGAACUAUACGAGUCAAGUGAGUCAGUGAGUGCAUGUGUGUGUCGGCCAAUGCAACAGAUGUGCCCUGCCCAUGUGAUAUCUCUGCUUGUGUGUGUAACAGGGAGGAGUGUUGGAUUGGCGACGACGCUCAACUACGCCCUGAAGGAAUGGAUGAUCGUCUACGGAUUCUACGUACGUCUAGUGGCAGCCCGCCAGCCCGCCAGCCCGCCAGCCAGCCAGCCAGCCGCGGCAGCCAGACAAGAGGGAGUGAUCGUCUUUUUGUAUGGUCCAUCCCAUUUGUGUGGCGUGGGUGUGGUGUGGUGUGCCUCCAGAUGACUCAGCAGGAGGAGCUCUUCGGCGACAAGAAGAGGAUCGGCAUCAAAGUCCAACAGGACAAGUGAGUGGGAUUGUGUGGGUGGGUGGGUGUGUGUGGGGGGGCUCAUUCAGACCCGGCUGUCCUUGUUUGUGUGCUGCCUGCCUACCUGUGCCUGUCUGUCUGGUGGGUGUCAGGUACUGUCGUCCUUCGCACCGGUCGGGACAUACGCCCACCAUCCCCCAGAACCUCUUCAGGACAUACGUCUACUCACACAGAUUCGGACAGGUGGGCAUCCCCCACCUGUCCGAAUGUGGUGCUUGGGUGUUUGUGUGGUGCUUUGUGGUGCGAUCGACCGAUCCAGGUGUGUGUGAAUGCGAUGCGUGUGUGUGGCGAUGCAGGAGGUGUUGUACUCGACGUCGUGGCCGCAGGACCUGUUCUUCCGGCUCCUCAAGAUGGUCGACGCCUCCCUCUCAUUCGCUUCGAAACACACAUCCGAAUGGAUAUCGACGUAAGUGAACCAUCGACACAUUGAAAGCACAGCACAACGCUGGCAGACAGACACUGCAUCUGCGUGUGUGUUGUCCUGGUUUGUCUGUCUGCUUUGCUCUGUCUGUAUGUGUCUCAUCAGCCACAUGAAGCUGUACACGAUCUUCCAGCACAUGACCUUCUCAGAGCCCAUCCUCAAGUCACAACUACUGGUCAGUCAUCGCCCAUGCCCCCUCCCCUCCCCAGCCCAGCAACACACACACACACACACACAUCCUCCCUCUCUCUAAUUGGAUCCAGACGUCGUGGUUCCAGUACCUGAUUGCCAACAGCAGGAUCCGCUAUUCCCUCUCUGAGCUGCAGGACCGGCCGGAGGACUACUUCUUUGGCGACGGCGGUGCUCCCUCCCCCUCCAACAGGCCGCCUCCCCACAAGGCCUCCGCCAUGGGGGACACACACCCACACCAACACACACACACGGCAGACACCACACCCCGCGAAGCUCACAGGGACAAGAAGCCAUCAUUCAGCCCCACAGCAGCGGCAGGAGCAGCAGCAGGGAGGGAUGCUGGCAAGGACAAGGAGAAGGCCGACGUGACGCCACGCAGCAAGGAGCCCAGCCCCCGAGCAGCAGCAGCAGCAGCAGCAGCACAGGGGGCCGCACCACAGACAGAGAAGAAGCCUCCUGAGGAUGCGGCGGGCAAGAGGAAGGACAAGCCGGCUGCAGCUGCUGCAGCUGCAGCUGCCGCCGCCGGUUCGUGGGCGCAGCUGGUGAGCGGAGCGGGGGCGGGGGCUGGUGCAGGGGAGUCGCCCGCAGCCAAGAGGGGUGCCGAUGACAAGAGCGAGGAGAAGGCGCCGGCUGCCACUGCUACAGCUACAGCCACAGCGCAGCCAGAGACGGCCACAAAGCAGCAGCAGCCGCACCCGCAGCAGCAGGAGGAUAAGAAGGCGGAUACAAAGAAGAAGGAUAAGGAGCCACCGGCCGCUGUCACACCCUCAUUGUCGGUGGCGGCCGAGCAGUCCCCGACGGCCGGGCCGCCAACAGGUGGGAAACAUGCAUGGAUGGAUGGAUGGAUUGAAGCAACAACUGUUGUGUCGGUGACACACAGAGUGGUGUGUGUGUGUGUGUGUGUGUUGUAUGCAGGCGUGAUCGAUUUCGAGGUGACUGACUGGAAUACGAUGCUGCUAAAUGGCCCGCUGCCGGGCGCAGUCGACCUCGAGAGCCGCGACUAUAGGAGACCGAAUGGUGCGUCAGCCAGCCGGCGACAUCCCUGGGUGGCUGGAGAGAGGGGGACAUAUUGUAUGUUGUGAUGCGUGAUGUGUGUUGUGUGCAGAGUACACCCACUCUCUGAACUACGUGCUGUCGUCGGCCCUCAAGUUCUGGCGCAUAUGCGAAUACCACAUGGUCGGUCAGACACGCAGCAAGACACUGGGCUGUGCUGCCCGUAUCUGUGCGGCUCCCUCCCUCCCUCCCUCUGUCUGUCUGUCUGUCUGUCUCAACGAACGGAUGUGUGUGUGCAGGUGUCCAGGGCGGUCAAGGUGGAUGACGCUGCCCAGCAGGGCAUCUGGACCGCACUCGACACCACGCCGUACGCACAAACACUCACGCACACCCCAUCCCACAACAACACAUGCCUUGUGUGUCACUCACUACAUCAGGAUGAGGCGUGCCCCCCACCCCAAGCAGGACCGCUGUCUCACCGUGUGGACCCUCACUGCCAUGUGGGGCAACUCCAAACAGGUCUGUCAGCUCACAGCACACUAAACAGGUCUGGCAGCGCCCACAGGCGACACACGUGUGUGUGUGUGUGUGUGGAUGUGUGUGUGUGUCAUGUCUGUCAUGCAGUCGAUGGCCGUGGUGACCCCGUGGAGCCGGCCUGUAAUGGAGAGUCUGGUGACACUCAUCAACGAAAGCCUCAAAGAAAUGGACGCCAAAUACAAGUAUGUCAGCCACACACACAGACACACCACACCCAUGGGCAGUGCAGACACCGAUGGAUGGAUGGAUGGGUGUCCCCUGUCUGUCUGAUGGUGUGUUGUUCCCCACUACCUGACCUGCCUCACGCAGAUCGUCGCGCGAGCCUCUGAGGGACGGCGGCCCCGAGAAGGGCGAUCUUGCCAGGGCAUUCUUCAAACCCGUCGUCACCAAAUCCAGCCUCAUGGUAUGAUCUGCGGGCACAGGCACCCACACUGCACCACACCACACCACACCACAGAUUCCCUCCUGCGUGCGCGGCCUCACUCGCCCAUCAGACGUCGUGGCUGCGGUUCGUGCUGUCGACUGGCUACGGCGAUGGUCGCUAUCUGGAGCUGGAGAGCAUCCCGGUGCGGCUCGAGCAGCGCGACAAGGCGACCAUCGCAGACUACCGCACCUAUCGGGUAUGGUACGAGCGCACGCAGCGCAACUAUCGGCACACACACAGGCAUGUGGAUGGAUGGAUGGAUGGACCCCUCAUUCAGGCGUUCGAUGAGUGGCGCAAGCACGUGGGACCGACCGGCCAGGCCAGGGAUGACUUUGUCGGCAAAAGACAAAGAUAGACAGACACGUAGUUGAGUUGCUUGAGUAAGCUGCCGGCCCCCAGGGGGCGGGCAGUGACUGACUGACUGACUGACCAAUCGUUGUAGCGGUUUGCUGUUUGUGCGUGCGUCGUGAGUCUGGCUGCUUGAUCUGUCUGUGUGGUGAGAGUGAAUAAGGGGCUGGGUGCGGUCAUGCAGUGCUUAAAGAGUGAGUGUGGGUCAUGCUUAGUGAUGCGGCGAGUGACGAGGGGCUUAAGCAGGGUGUGUGUGUGCGUGG